AUGAACAGGAAAGACAGCAAGAGGAAGUCCCAUCAAGAAUGCACUGGGAAAACAGGAGGGCGGGGCCGGCCCCGACAGGCCCGCCGCCACAAGACGUGUCCCAGCCCCCGGGAAAUCAGCAAGGUCAUGGCUUCCAUGAAUCUGGGCGUGCUGAGUGAAGGUGGCUGCAGUGAAGAUGAACUACUGGAGAAAUGCAUCCAAUCCUUUGACUCAGCUGGCAGCCUGUGCCGUGGGGAUCACAUUCUCAACAUGGUGCUGGCCAUGCACAGCUGGGUGCUGCCUUCCGCCGACCUUGCCGCCCGUCUGCUGACUUUAUAUCCUUUCAAACGCAAGUACCAGGAGGCCAGAGGAGACACACAGGAGCUGAGGCAGCUGCAGAUCUGUUACCUGGUCAGGUACUGGCUGACCCAACACCCAGAGGCGGUGCACCAGGAGCCCCAGCUAGAAGAAGUUAUAGGUCGUUUCUGGGCCACCGUGGCCCAAGAGGGCAGCUCGGCCCAGAGGAACCUGGGAGACUCCUCCAACCUCCUAAGCCCUGGUGGCCCUGGCCCCCCGCCCCCCAUGAGCAGUCCAGGCCUGAGCAAAAAGUGCAAAGUGUCUUUGCUUUUCGACCACCUGGAGACUGGAGAGCUGGCUCAGCACCUCACUUAUCUGGAGUUCCGGUCCUUCCAGGCUAUUACGCCCCAGGAUCUGCGGGACUACGUUUUGCAGGGCUCUGUGCGGGGCUGCCCGGCCCUGGAGGGUUCCGUAGGUCUCAGCAACAGCGUGUCCCGCUGGGUGCAGGUCAUGGUGCUGAGCCGUCCUGGGCCCGCACAGCGUGCGCAGGUGCUGGACAAGUUUAUUCACGUGGCACAGAGGCUCCACCAACUGCAGAAUUUCAAUACGCUGAUGGCAGUCACAGGGGGCCUGUGUCAUAGUGCCAUCUCCAGACUCAAGGACUCCCACACCCACCUGAGCCCUGACAGCACGAAGGCCCUGCUAGAGCUCAAUGAGCUCCUGGCCUCCCACAACAACUACGCUCGCUACCGCCGCACCUGGGCUGGCUGCAUGGGCUUCCGGCUGCCUGUACUAGGUGUGCAUCUCAAGGACCUGGUGUCCCUGCAUGAGGCACAGCCUGAUAGGUUGCCUGACGGCCGCCUGCACCUACCCAAACUGAACAGCCUCUACCUGCGGCUGCAGGAGCUGGCAGCCCUCCAAGGGCAGCAUCCACCCUGCAGUGCUAAUGAAGACCUGCUGCAUCUGCUCACGCUUUCUCUGGACCUCUUCUACACAGAGGACGAAAUCUAUGAGCUUUCUUACGCCCGGGAACCCCGCUGUCCCAAGAGUCUGCCACCCUCCCCCUUCAAAGUGCCUCUGGUAGUAGAGUGGGCCCCUGGUGUGAUGCCCAAGCCAGACAGGGUCACCCUGGGUCAGCAUGUGGAGCAGCUGGUGGAGUCUGUGUUCAAGAAUUAUGACCCUGAAGGCCAAGGAACCAUUUCUCAGGAGGACUUUGAACGACUCUCAAACAACUUCCCCUUCGCCUGCUAUGGACUCCACCCACCCCCCCGCCAGGGGAGCGGGUCCUUCAGCAGGGAGGAGCUGACGGGGUACCUGCUCCGGGCCAGUGCCAUCUGCUCCAAACUGGGCCUGGCCUUCCUGCACACCUUCCAUGAGGUCACCUUCCGCAAGCCCACCUUCUGUGACAGCUGCAGCGGCUUCCUCUGGGGUGUCACCAAACAAGGCUACCGCUGUCGGGACUGUGGGCUGUGCUGCCACAAACACUGCAGAGACCAAGUGAAGGUGGAGUGUAAGAGGCCAGGGACCAAGGGCGAUGCAGGUCCCCCAGGAGCCCCCCUCCCACCCCCACCAGUUCCCCAUGCCAGCAGUGACUCCGAGGAAAAUCUCUCCUACACACUAUCCCUGGAAUCUGAAACUGGGUGCCACCUCCGCCAUGCUUGGACCCAGACGGAGUCCCCACACCCUUCCUGGGAACCAGAGAUGGUUCUCUGCCCAGAGAUGAUGGCCCCACCAUCCACCCUGUCCUCCAAGCUGAAUUCCUAGACAUCGUCUUGGUCUCUCUCCCUCACUCCCUUCUCCCUUACCCUGAGAGAAAGUUAUUUUCUUCUUUUGCAUCACAGUGGCUAUUAAUCAUAUUUCCUUUUCCUGCACUUAGUAUUUGUGCAGCUCCAUGUUGGAUACAUUUAGACUUAGGCACCAUCUCACCAACCCCCUAAAUCUUCAUUUCACAGAUAAGGAGAAUGAGGCUCAA